AUGGCGUCGCUGUUCCCCUAUCGUGAUAUAAACAUCCAUGCUUCGGCCACUCACUAUGCUUUUACAUCGCCGUCGAACCCGUCAGCACCUACGCUGGUCGUCGAUCGGCCGUCUGGCCAUAUUUGGCUCAGCGACAAGCCGAUGACGGGUGGUAAACGGGUUACGAGUAUUGCUGGUAUCCUUGGCAUGAUUCGUUUGAGAUUGGAUAAGUACUUAAUCGUCAUUACGAAGGCCGCUCAGGUUGGAAGGAUCAAUGAGCAUGCCGUCUAUAAAAUACAGGCUACCGAAUUCUUGCCUCUGAGAGAAAAGCCGCUGCAUGAUACCGAUGAAGACACCUACAUGCAGCUCCUUACUACCCAUCUAAGAACGGGCCCGAUGUACUUUUCGUAUUCCUUCGACCUUACGAAUACUUUCCAGCGUCAGGUUCAUGCAGACCAGAGCUUACCUUUGUGGCAGAGAGCGGACAGUAGGUUCUUCUGGAAUCGACAUGUAUCGUCCGACCUCAUCGACCUCAGUAGUGCUAGCCCUGCGAUCAAUCCUUAUAUUCUCCCUGUUAUUUUUGGAAUGAUGUCGAUCACGGCUACCGCGAUAAAGUCGACGCCAUUGUCAUUCAUUGUGAUUACCAGGAGAUCCCGAUUUAGAGCCGGAACAAGAUAUUUCUCGAGAGGUAUCGAUGAGAAUGGCAACGUAUCCAACUUCAAUGAAACUGAACAGAUCAUUAUCACUGGAAGCGUUGGUACUGGCCUGGCUGGGUACGAUAAAACAGCUUCGCAAGAGAAGCAACAGGUCCAAAUUAUGUCUUACGUCCAAACAAGAGGGAGUGUCCCAGUCUUUUGGGCGGAAGUCAAUAACUUGAAGUUUGUUCCAAAGCUCCUGAUCCGAAACAUCGACCCGGCUGCGGCGGCUACCAAACACUUUGCCGAGCAAGUCAGGCUCUAUGGCGAUAACUACUGUGUAAACCUCGUCAACCAGAGCGGCAGAGAGAAAAAUGUGAAAGAGGCAUACGAAGGUGUCAUCAGGUCCAUAGUGUCCAGCCCUCUCGAAGGAGAGAAAGCCAGUCUACGGACUGAGGAGCAAUUCCGCGCUAUUGAACCAACACAACAAAAGAGCAUUGUCGACCAUGUUCACUACAUUUUCUUCGAUUUCCAUCAUGAAUGUCGUGGCUUGAAGUGGCACCGCGCAUUGCUAUUGCUAGAUCAGCUUGGAGACGCCCUUGAAAAGCAGCAGUACUUCCAUGCGACUGAAGGACUUGCUGGCCUGACAGUGAAAAACGCUCAAACAUCUGUCGUCCGUACAAACUGCAUGGAUUGCCUGGAUCGGACAAACGUUGUCCAGAGCAUGUUGGCGAGGUGGACCUUGAACCGACAACUCGUCGAUCUUGGAGUCUUGAACCAAGGCGAAACGAUCGAGCAAUACGCAGCUUUCGAGUUCCUUUUCAGGAAUGUGUGGGCUGACAAUGCUGAUGUCGUGAGCCGCGCAUAUUCCGGAACCGGAGCUCUCAAGACCGACUUUACACGGACAGGCAAGCGAACUACAAAUGGAGCUCUGGCCGACGGUGUCAACUCUCUUACUCGCUACUAUUUGAACAAUUUCAUGGAUGGGCCACGUCAGGAUGCCUAUGAUCUUUUCUUGGGCACCUAUCUUCCCGCUACAUCGGGCAUCACAUCCAGCCUUAUGUUUGUCGACAGGCGUCCGGUCUUCAUUCAGAGUGUCCCAUAUAUCCUCUUGGGCGCUUUGAUUUUCCUAAUCGCAGCGAUGUUUACCACAUCCGAUCCCUCAACGAUACUCGCACUAAGGAUUUUCAUUGGAUUGUCGCUAUUGAUUGUUGUAUGGGCCGGAAUCUUCAUCAAGAAUCAUGGGAUGCUCUUUGUGAACUGGCCCAAGUUGAAUAAUCUCUCAUGGGCCAAUGAAGGUUACAGUGACGCCCUUGGAAAGGUGGCUAAGGAUAAGUUAAUUGGCAAAUGGGUCGCCCGACACGAGCGUGGGGCUAGUAGCAUUCGACUCAUCCACCUCGAGGAAGGGAAGAAGAGAAUAGAGUAA